ACCCCAACGGCCGCCGAGCGCCGCGCUGCCCUCAGUGCCCGCCGGGACUCACCGAGGCGCAGGGGCUGGAAGUGGCGCUGGGGUUUCAGCCUGGUGCCACCGAAUUCAUCAGGAGGAGAUCCUCACCUCUGGUUAACACAGUCCUCCCUUCAGCUGGUAAUGGGCUUGAGACAGUUCUGGACUUUGUGAACCUUGAAUCUGAAGUCAUGUGAUGCCAUGUUCUAAGUUCAGUACAGAAGAGUCUGUUGGGCUGUGCCAAAGCCAAAAGACAACCUACAGCAAUUUUGAACGUGGAAAGGCAUAGCAACCUUUGGGAUUAUUGCUUAGCAACUGCAAACACACAGAGGAGUAAAACUCACAGCCCAGCUCCACAGCAGGUCUGAGAAAUCCCUAAUUCACUUCAAGAUUUUUAAUGGUUGAUGGGCAUAUAUUAAAUCCCUGUUGAUUUGCAAAGCCACUUUGAAUGAAGGAGGAAUAACAUCUAUUUUGAUACCUGCUCCAAAGUGAUUGAGGUAUGGCUGCUCAGCCAGAAGAAUCAGCCCAAUCUGCUGAUCUACAAGAUCCAGAACUUGGACAUAAGGACAGGACUGCAGCAGAGAUGGAAAGCAAUCAGGGGGGUGAUGAACUGCCAUGUUCCAGUACUUACACUUCGUGGGAAGAGUGUUUUCAUGAAAAGGUACAACAAAGGUGUCUGAGUUUGCAGGAGACAAAGAUAAGGCUGGUUCAAGCACAAAAGGCAGAAGAAGCAAAGGUGAGGAGGAGAGAACCCGGGGACAGGCUGGCCAGAGAGUGGUACAAUGAGGACAAGGAGACACUCGAUACUCGCAUCUAUUUGCUCGACAACCUCCUCCCUACAUUAAUCCCAGGAACAGAAAGUUUGUUAAUGGCAGUGGAAAGAAACCAUGUGCUUGUAUCAGACCAAGAACCAACCAGAUUUAAGCCCGUUAAUUAUCUUGCAGAAUACCUGAUGAGGCACAACCCUCAGUAUAGUGUUCCUGCAAAACCAGGACCAUACCUGACAGAAAUGAAGGUGGUCUCAGAGGAGCUCAAAUCUUUGAGGCAAGGUACACCAUCACAGAGGCUGGUCCAGAUGAAGGCUGAGGCAAAGAAAAAACAUGAGGAAAUGGAGGAGAUAGAAAGACAGAAGAAUGAGGAGACAGAGAGGAGAAAGGAGGUGUUGGCAGUUCUGAUCAAGGAGUGGACAGUGGAUGGCCAUGAAAAAAUCCCAGCAGCACUGGUUCAGAGUGCCUUGAGGUCUUUUCCAGAUGUCACUGAUUCUAUUCCUGAAGAUAUGAGAAAAGCAACCCAUGACAGGAAGCUGAAAAUCUUAAACACAUUGGAAAAAAUAGUAUACCUAGAUGAGUUCACAAAGCUUAUCUUUCCCUACACUGAACGUGUGUCAAGUGACAAGUUCCAAGAAAUCAUGGAAUAUCUCCAUAAGUGUGCUGAGGACUUCCAAGAAGCAACAAAACAUGACACACGGAGGCAAAUUUUUAUUGACCUCUUCCAAGCUUGUGAUUAUGGAAAGGUUGGUGUCUUGGAUAGACAAAAAAUACUGGUCCUGCUGAGACACUUCUAUGACAGAAGGCCCAUGACUGAUGAGUGGGAACUCUGCAACCCCAGAGAAUGGCCAAUAAUUGAGCUGCAAGAUAUUAAUCUUAUGGAUUUCUGGGGAAGCCUUGGUGACCAGGAAGUUUGUGAGGAACUCAGUGAAAAUUUGGUCUUGUCUGAAAUGGAAAUUUCUGAGGUAGAGAUUUUAGGAAGUGAACCUGUAGAUGAUGACAGGCAAGAGACUGACAGAAUGAGCACCAGCGUUGCAGAAGAAGUUGUUGAAGAAAUGGGCACGAGUGAAACUGAGACUGGAGGAAUUUCCAGGGAGGAAAAUGAAGCAGAAGAGCCAAGUGCUUCUGAAGUGGGCAAGGAAGGUGAGGAUGCCAUGUCAGCAGAGGAAAGCACUGGCCUUGAAGCUGCUGAUUUGGAUGGAGAACCUGGAUCUGGAGAACCAGAGGAACCCAUCCUGGAUGGUGAGCCUGAGACAGAAACAAAACCAGAAGAAGAUUAUACUUCAGCUGGAGAGCUUGGAUCAGAAGGGCAAGUUAGUGAAGAGGACAAUGAAGUUACAGAGACAACACCUGAAGGUACAAGCAGUGGCCUUGAAGCUGCUGAUUUGGAUGGAGAACCUGGAUCUGGAGAACCAGAGGAAUCCAUCCUGGAUAGUGAGCCUGAGACAGAAACUAAACCAGAAGAAGAUUAUACUUCAGCUGGAGAGCUUGGAUCAGAAGGGCAAGUUAGUGAAGAGGACAAUGAAGUUACAGAGACAACACCUGAAGGUACAAGCACGGCCUCAGGAGAUGGAGCUGUGACAGACACAGAUGUCACUGAUUCCCAACAGGACACUCCAGCUGCAGAGGCUGUGAAAGAAACCUCUGCAAGCAACGAGAGCCAGUCUGACCAACAGACAAGCUCAGAGGCAAGACUGCAGGAUGAGAGCCUUCUGCAUGACCAGGGUAAAGACUCAGGUCCCAGCGUGGCAGAGAUUCAGAACAGUCAGGAUUCUUGUACUAAGAUCUCUGCUGCAAGCUGCCUCACCCCGCCACAGUUUGUACAGCUCAUGGACAAUUUUGUUGGUGAAGACAUUCCUCUGCCUAUUGUGAAGAGGCUUACUGUAUUUAUCAAAGCAGAAUAUGAACAGACAGAAGAGGAAAAAGUGAAACAACGAGAAAAAGUUCAGCGCACGUCUCACCUGGCCCAAAGGAAACAGCUUUUGGAGGCACUGUUUGAAAAGUGGGACAGCAAAGCAUGUGGGUUUCUGGAACUGGAAGAGGUGAUUGCUGUUCUGAGCACAUUCAAGGGACACAUGGGAAAAGAGGCCUUGAUGAAGGCAAAGGAAGAGCUUUGCUCCCAAUACCCACAAAUCAGUAAAGUGGGCAAGCUGUCCCCAAAGGCAUUCCAGAUUUUCCUUGAAUUAAUUGCUUCCAAGUUCACUGGCAAUGAGGAUGAAACUAUGGAUAACUUGGUGAGAUUCCUGACCACAAGUGUGGAACAAAGUCACACCACAAGCUUGCAAAGCUCAGCCAGGAGGAAAUGGCUGCAGGAUAUCCAGAAAGCAGCUGAGACCAGUGGAACAAGCAUGGAACCAGUGUACAAAGCAGUGAUGAAGGCCCUGUCCCAGGACAUGGAAGCCCAUGGGGAUAACAAGAAGAUCAGUGCAUAUAUUGCCCUUUUGGAAGAGGACCAGCUCUCCCCAGAGCAGGGACAGGUUCUGCUGCGCUACGUGGCCUGCACUGCAGAUCAUGCUCCCUACCUACUAAACCAAGCACUGCACAGAGACAUGAAAGGAGUCAGCUUUGCAGCCAUUGACCAGGGAAAGCCAAUCUAUGUUCCAAAAGUCCAGCACCAUGGAAACAUUCAAUUCUGGAACUCUGACCUCCCUGAGGAGAAGAGGAAAGGUUCACUCCUGGUGCUGCCCCUGUAUGAUGCUCAUUGGAGAGUUUUUGGCAUUCUAGGACUUGACACUCUUCAGGACCAGUGUCAUAAAUCCAUCUUUCUGACCCAUGAGAUCACUUUCUAUGAGGGAGUUUGUCAUGCAUUCAGCAAAGCCUACCACCACAUCUGCAUGCGGGAAAAUAUCCUACAAGUGGCUGUCACUGCUCUGGACUGGUUGUAUCCCAGGACACCCAGCAUCCACGCUGUCACAACCUAUCUGGUGGAACCUGGCACAGACAAGAACUAUGCUCUGUGCAAGAUGAUCACUACAGAUAACGCAGGACAAAAGGAAAUCCACAGGUCUCCUGUGGUUCUCCUCAGAGAGGAAAACCUCCUCAGAGAUUACCUGUUCAAGUGCACAGACAGUUCAGAGGUCACUCUCACUUCUGUCUAUGGAGAACACCACAUCACAGUACCUCUCCAUGACCUAUCAAGACAAACUCUUGGCAUAUUUGAUAUCAGCAUUGGACAGCACAAGAAAUUACCACCUCAGGAACAGAAAGACCUGCAGAAAAUGCUAAAGAUGGCCCAAGCUGCCUGCUCAGAGAUCCUGGAGAGGUUUCUACAGGAAAGAGAACCAACACAAGUGCUGGAGGCAGAACGUGUGGCAACUCUGAGGCACGCAGGGAUUCUGUUCCACCGGUUCAUGCUGCAGGAGCUGCGUGAGUGUGUCCAGAAACUCAGUGCUGAGAGCUUUGCUAGAAUGAAGAGCUGUGCAGAGCCCCCAGCUCUGGUACACGAUGUGGUUAAGGCUGUGCUGCUGCUUUUGCAUCCAGACUGGAAGGGCUCAGAGGAGAUUGAGAGCUGGAGUCAGUGUAAACUGAAACUCGAUGACAAUUUGAUUCAGGAGAUUUAUUGCUUUGAUCCAACUGCUUCAUCUGUGCAAGUUCAAGCAGAGCUGCUGCUGGAUCUCAUCACUGGUGUCCCUCAAGCAGCAGUGUGGCAGCAGGACUCUGCUCCAGUCCAGUACCUGUGCCAGUGGCUUCACACCUGCCUGGCGCUUGUGGAGAUCACAAAGAGCCAACACACUGAAAAAACACAUCCUUAGCCCCUUUUGGCAUCCAGUUCUACUGUGCCUUCAAUUAAAUCUCUUAAUUUCUCAUCUAA